AACGUCAAAAGCUCACAAAAAAACGUCUGUGCAAACGUCAUAACGUCAUACAAAAAUAGCAUCAAAGAUGAAAGUUAUUUAUAAUAUUUCUUUAAAAAUUGAUUUUUAAACUAUUGUAUCACUCUUUGGAAUGAACGCUUUGAGCCUAAAUGCUGAGUAUUAGUUUUUUGAUGAGUAUUUUACUAUGUGGAUGUAGUGUGUGCGUCUUGAUCUAAAAUUUACAUAAGUUAUGUUUCUACCAAAGCAAACAUUACAAUUUUCUCGAAUAGGAAGCAAGGUAAACCUGAGAAGUGCGGGGCCGCGCUCCGCUGCUCGCCAUGGUGCACCUCGACGUGACAGGUGCUCAGCUAUACCCAAACACUCUCGCCAUAAAUGACCUACCUAAUGAAAUACUUAUUUACAUAUUUUCAAUGGUAGAUUUUGAGUCACUAUUGGCAGUUUCUAAAGUUUGUAUGAGAUGGCAACAACUUUGCCUAACUCCAUGUGUGUGGGACAACACGCGCCUCAUAGUAUGUAUGAAGAACUAUGUGAGGAUAAGUGAAAACAUUGUGCCUUUUGUCGCCAAGUAUGUGAAAAAUGUUAAACUACAGUAUUUCAAGUUGUAUUCUCACGUGAGGGCUUCCUUAAUAAGCUAUUGUCCUAAUCUGACUCAUCUAGAAAUAAGUAUAUCUCAAGUUGAUAGUUGUAUCUUUGAUGAUCUAGGUAGCUGGCCAAACCUAAAAUUUUUGAGUUUUCGUAACUCACUCAUAGUACAAAAUACUGGGAAUGCAAAUGGUAAUUUUGUCUAUCACUUGCCUUUUGAUAAAUUGAAAAACCUUGAGACUCUAAUUUUGUCCAAUUUUGCCCUAACACAUGAUAGCUUGUACAACAUGUUGCAGUGCACCCAUUUAGUCAGUAUUAAUAUGGAGAAAAUGAAGAAUAUUCCAGCAGAUUUUCUUGAAUCUCUUCUGAGAACCAAACAGUCUACUCUAAGAGCUUUACACAUAUAUGGAGAUACUCUGAAUGAUGAUAUCAUGCGCAACAUAUCAAACUGUAAGGUGUUACAAGUAUUACACAUUAUGACAUGUAAAACACUUUUUGAUUCAAGUUUGCUGCACUUGUACAGACUAAAAAAUUUACACUCAUUAAAAUUACGCCAUGGAUACUUUUCAACAAGUGCUCUACUCGCAUAUUUUACAAAUAAUAAAUUUCAAAAUUUGACUUACUUAAGUCUCUCGCGUUGUUUACAUGUGACUAUGCAGAUUGCAAAGGCUAUAAAAACAAGUGCUCCCAGCCUCAAAGAGCUGUCUUUCUACCUGUGCCCCUUCAUCACUGAUCCCAACUUCCACAGGUCAGAGUUAGAGAAAAUGUUUAAAAUACAGUUAUUACUGGAUUGAAAUAGUUGUGAUUACACUGAUGGCAGCUUAGGUAUCCGUCCAACUUACAUUUAAUAUUUAUUUCAGUGUUCACAUGCACUGUGACAAUAACAUAAAUGAUUUCUCAAUGAGAUAUUAUUGAUUACAUUUUUAAUACAUGUUACAAUAAAAAUAUUGAAAAUUGUAAAUAAUAUUAAAUUACCCUAAUUGUCACAUAGAUUAAAAAUAAUGAUAAGUCUGUAGGUUGUUUUGUUGUAUGAAUCUACCUGCUACCAAUUUUUUAAUCAACCUUCAGUAUUUCAAUAAGAACAAGUAUUACAUAACUUUUAGAAACAUCUACAUAGUAGACAUAUUCAUUCGUAUUAGAGUUAUAGCUGCUGGGUGAUUUUAAGGUACUUAAAAUCAGCUAUGAACUACAAACCUCAAUUAACGAACAAGUUAUUAUUGUAUCGUCUGAAUCAAUUUACAAAAAUGGCAACUGUUUAUUCACAGUAAGUUGCAAUUGAAAUAUGUGCCUAAUUGGAAAUUGUGCACCAAAUGUCUGAGCACACAAUAAGUACUGUAUUGAUUGACAGAAUGAUAGUCACAUAUCAUGUACAUAUGAGACAAACAUGUUAUUUUCCGCGUUUCUGUUCAGGAAUCAUAGUCAAUUACAUUAUGAAGUGCCUUAACAGUUACGACUGUAUUCAAGAUUCCUUCAACAGACAGCGAAUAUUUCUCGAAAUUUCGCAAUUUAUAAGAAUUUUAAUGUCCCAGUAAAAGCUAAACAGAAGUUUUAUAUUAGUAGAGAAAAAUCUGCUUAGCUGCUAAAUAGAUAAACCGUUUCUAUUUCCUCACUCCUUUAUAAAUUAAAUUGUUUUUACGUGAGGAGGUAUUAAUAUUGUACUCUGCUGUAUUUGAAACGGUAUUAUUUAAAAAUUGUGAAUACAUGAGUGACACGAUCGAAUAUAUAUUAGUAUAUAGGUACAUUAGUAUUAGAAUAAAUUAGGUACCUACUGGUAUUUAUGAUCUAUUUUCCGUAAAGUAUUUUAUGUAUUAAUUAUAAAACUGUUCUAGUGUCAUUUUUAGCCUAUAAAUUCAAUGUGAAUUGGUUGAUAAUUUUGCAAAUUAAUUUUAUAUUAUUUUCUCUACUUAUUUGAAAUGUGAUUUUUUUUAAUAGUUAAUUUUGUUUGUGCUGUUUUAUUUUACGAAUAAUAAAUUAUAUUUUGAACAG